GGGUCGUGAAAUAUGCAAAUUAGAGUAAAUUGCAUUGACUUGCCUGGACGGUCUCUCUGAAACAUGACUUUUUACAUCUUUUUAAUUGAAUGAGAUAUAAAAAACAAGAUGCCGAAGUGCAGUGACUUCAAAAGUCCUCUGAAGAAAUUAAAGGAAGAUCUACUUGGAAAGCAUCCAUCGUCCUCGGCGUCAUCUUCCUCCUCGACGACCAUCCCCAAUUCCCAUCUCAAUCCCGAUGACCUGUUUGCCGAGUCCUUCUCUCAAGACGAUAGCCAGCUCCGAAGGCCUAUGAAUGCAUUCCUACUCUUCUGUAAGCGUCAUCGUCAGGUGGUCAGGACUCGGCACCCUUGGCUCGAUAACAGAGCUUGCACCAAGAUGUUGGCCGAUAUGUGGGGCGCACUGGAUGGAGACGAGAAGGAGAAAUAUCUGCAGCUUGCGAGAGAGUGUAAAGCUGCAUUCAUGAAAGCCCACCCAGAUUAUAAAUGGAGCGGUCCUCAUCGACACGCUGGUGGGAAGGUAACCAAUCCUGGUAAUAUAACGACACGACCGCCAAGCACAAAAGAAAACAAGGCCGGGAUUACCGUUGGAAAGCUAGCAGAUCCAUCUCAAAUGGGAGGGUUAAGUCUUCUAUUACUCGCUGGCCAGCAAGAGACGAGUACAAAACGUGUAGCGCCCUCAUCUGACCAACAUAAAACAGUCCGUAGGAGUAAUUCAGAACCAGCAACCAACGAGAGGGAAGAUGAUGACAGCAUUAAAUCAAAAUUAUUCCAGUUUGCCGAGAUGUGCUCCGAUCAACUUGCCAUGAAACCAGAACACAACUCUGAUUCAAUACACCUUUCCAAUGUGAUAAUCCCUGUUAACAAUACAACCGAUGUCUCAAAGGAUAGUACAUUGGAUGCCUCCAGUAAUAACAAUAAUACUAUACCUCUUAACAGUCAGAUGCAUUUCAGGUUAACCUCAGACAACCAAGGAACUGAAAUAACCAAUGGAUCCAUGAGAACUGAAAUAAAGGACGAAGAUGACAUGGCUAGGAAAGGGGGUUUGAGGAAAGAGGAGGAGGAGGAGGGGGUGAUGGAGGCAAAUGAUGGAAAGAAGAAUGAAGCAAAAGAUGAGGAGGAAACGGAGGAAGGGAUGACCAAAAUAAAGAUGAAUAAUAAGAAGAGGAAAAGUGAGAAGAGCUCCAAGAAGAAGAAGAAAAAGAAGAAGAAAGUUUUGACGGUCAAGGAUGAGAGUGAAGCCCUCUCUCUGAGCUGGCCUGGAGCAUUGAAAGGUGUCUUCAAAAAGGAAAGCAAAGGAAAAGAAGAGAAGAAGGAUGAGGAGGAAAAGGAAGAAGAGGAGAAGGAGAAGGAAGGUAGCUUGACUGAUAGUGAGGAUUCCAAGUCAGCAGGGCAGAGGAAGUCUAGGCGGUCAUGUAAGGGGAGGUUGUAUCGCAAGCUUGUUGAUCAGGGGAUGUUAGAAUCACUACAACGGCCAGAGAGACCGUUUAACUGUAAGAAGGCUUGGCGCCAUACUAACGAAGGAAUGAGUGGUUUCAGUGAUGCGGAAGAUGAAGUAUUUCAACCAGAGGAUGGGAAGAAGGCAAGAAGACCAAGGAAAAGAACAAACAGCGGAUCCAGUGUAACAUGCUCAGAUUUUGACUACGGUGAGAUCAAUGUCGAAGCCAGAUUAGCUACACUGCCUCAGUAUGCUCCAGAACAAUUUAGAACAAAGAAGAAAUCUGGUUUGAAAUCUAAAAAGACUUCAGACAUCUACAAGAAUGCAAAGUUCAUCAAAGAAAGGGGUAAAAGUAAAGUGAUGAGGUCACUGUCUUCCUCCGAGAUGACCGUCACUGGCAGCCAGAAAAGAAAAGCAAGGAAAUCAUCAAUUAUGCAUCUUCUACCUACUAAAGAUCCUCACAGCAUUACCAGCACAGUGCAGUCUUCACCUUCACCUCCCAGAACGGACAAAGUAAUUGGAUCAAAGGUCAAGCGGUCAAUAAGUGACCCUCAACCUUUCACCCUAUCUGACCUUGCAGAGGUCGCUUCCAUGGAACUCAAACCAUGCAGCUCUGCAAGUACAGCGUGUACCCCUGGCGGUCAUGUACAAAGGCCCAACCUCUGUCUCGCAGCAGUAACGGUAUCAUAACCGAAACACCACAUCAACGUUCUCAAGAAAAAUAUUCAGUCAUCCUUCUUUCUUCAGCAACAGCACUGCGAAUAUAGAGUUGCCUAACAUUUCAACAAGUCUCCAAUGACAGUGAUGUGUUUUUUCACCACUACACGGCUAUAAGAAAGCUGUCCGUAGGGCCUUUUCGAGUUUCACCGGUGGAGAAAUGCAUGGAUAUUCGUCGCUCUGUGCUUGGCAGGAUAUUAUGACAAUCGACCAAUCAAAACGAUGGGCUCUUCCUUGGCGUAGACCAUUGUUAAUAUGUGUGAGUUGAGUCUAAAGUCUGAAAGAUGGCUCCUGAUUGGCUGUUCCUGUAUUGUUAGCAGAUCCAAAAGCCCGUCCCGCUGCACUUUCCGCUCACUGCUUCACAGCUUGUGAGUGUAGUCUUUCCGCCUCAGACCCUAGUCAGUGGAAGGCCCUGUUGAGAGGCUGGGUGGGCUGCCUGUUGUAGAUCCUUGACCAAAGCAUCAUGACAACAGGAUAUCUUUUAGAGGCUGUUUGUUAAUUAUUGUUUGGAAAGUGCUACGAACAUGUUGUAUUCAACACUUAAUCUCAAUGAUAUUGCCAAAAAUUAUUUCUCCCAGUAAAAACUAAUGAAUGUCCUAUGGUAUUGUACAUUAACUUAAAAAUGGUAAAGCUAAACUGAAGUAGUCGCAACAAACAAUAAAAAAAUCAAAGUCAACCAAGGUCAAUCUGCAUUGAUGUGUUUUAAACCUCACUGAGACAGAAAUGGGUGUAGAGAAACAAAAGCAGUCCUGAGAUAUGGAGUCCUAAAAGUUUAUCUUGCCAGUAUUAUGAUUUCUAGGACAUAAUUCCUAGCUAGUAUUUGAAUACAUGCCACAUGGUUUGGUUCACUACGUUACACUGUCAACUGUUUUGCAUUGCCAGUUGAGUUAACGCUAAUUAAAAUUGUUUAUUAAAAUCACAGGCAAUCUAAUUGAAUAAAGUUGAACAACUUCCAUCAUUUUACCCGAGAAGUCUGCUUAACCAGUUGCCAAGUAAAGUUUACAUAUGGACAAUCUAUUUGAACAAUCAUUGGACAAUUUAUUUGAACAAUCAUGAUUAUUAGUUUAUGCACGACCACUGAGAGCUAAGUUCUGAGAGUUGCAGCAGUCAAUGACUUCUUGAGAAAGUCUUUAAAAAUGAGGUUAACUAUCACUAUAUCGUGGUAUUUACAUUGAACUUCUUGAAAGCUAAGCUGAACAAAAUUACCACUCUGAAAAUCACCAACACAGACAACCACAUGUGGGACAGUGUAUUAAUAUUUUUUUGGAAUUGGACCCGACAUUUGUCUGGAAUGCCAAACUUAUUUUGUCCAUUUCUCAGCAAUUUCACAAUUUUCUUUCAGAAUCAUAUGGCACAUAUAUUUCUAUUUAUACAUAUAAACCCUUUGAUGGUCAUUUUAUUUAGUUCUGUUCACACUCAUUUUUAGAUUAAUUGUUACCAAAACGUUUAUGUUUAAGUAAAAUCCAAUCCUCUAUUUCAUCUUGAUAUGUCAUGUGUGUGCUCUUACAAGGUGAUAGAAUAUACUACUCAUGAAUCUGAAAAAUGAAAGAUACUUCUACAUAUUUUUGUAGGUGAACCAUGGGGGUGAUUCAAUUAUUACACUAUUUCUUUUACUAAGAUAUAAUUGAUUGGUCUGCAGGUUUUAGCUAUUUUAGACCAGGAUUUAUAGGGGGGGGGUGAACUUCCCAUUUAAACAGGAAUAUUCCUAUUUUGUGGGUAAAGAUAAUUGCCAAUGUAAUCUGUGUUUGAGAUAUUUCUGUGAAAUGUUUUCUGUAGUAUUAAUGUUCCCAACAACAUUUCUUUGUACUAUGUUCCUAUUGACUGAGUGUCAGGGUUGGCCGUUAUAAUAAUGUUUUGUAACUCAUGAGCUCAAAUUGGGCAACCUUUUGUGAAAUUUGGCCAUUAAUAAUGAACAACUCUGUGAUGUUGUCCCAACAUCUACCUUGUUGCCAGUUAAGUGAUGGUGCGUAAAGUAUACGUUGAGUUAAACUCCCAUAGAAACUUGGCAAGACGGUUUUCUGUUGCGUAAUACCUAGCUUGUAUAAUCAAUUACAUUUGCAAGUUAAGACGGCCCCUAAAAACAUUUUAGGGGCUUUAUUUUCCCCUCUCCCCUAUAAAAAGUUGAAUAUAAUUCCAACGUCAUUCUUUCUCAUUUGUUUUGUCUGCCUGUGUAAUGACAAAGUGAUAUAGCUAGUGUAACCUACUCUACAUCCUCAAUAGCUAUUAUGACUCUGUUACACCAGAUUUCCUAAGUAGUCUCGGGGCAUCCCAAGACCAGUCUCGUGAAGGUUUCUAAUCCGGUGUAAACGCACAAACCUACCCGAGACCUCUUCUGAGCAAACCUAUCUCGGACCUCCGGUCUCUGGGAGCCCCGAGACUGCUUUGGAUUCGGUGUAAACGCAAACCUGCCUGAGACGGGUUUGCUUGAUGCGCUACACAUGGAACGAUUAUCCAAACAGCGCGCGCUUGGCGCCCUGCCAAACCUAUCUCGGACAGCUGUGAUAAGUCGGUGUAAACGUACAGAAAGCCGUCUCAAGGCGCCCCGAGACUCGUUAUGAUUCCGGUGUAAUAGGGGUAAAAAAUUUAGGUCAACUUUUUGGAAACCAGUCCCAGGGCAUCCCGAGACUGGUCUCGGGUAGGAAAUCCGGUGUAGCGAGUCUGUUAUUACCAAUGACAUACCAUCUGUCUGGAGUUGGAUUUGUUGCUGCGAUUGUACAUGUAGCGUAUAACAUUCAAACUUUUGCCAUUAUGUGUUUUACAAACACAAUUUCUAUUUUAACUGUAUAAACUGUAAAUACAUGAACUGAAAUGAAUAUUGCAUUACACUGAGGAUUAUGGCCUAGAUUAGCAAUAAGAAGAUAUCCUUUUACAUGUACAGAAAAGCUGAAUAAAAUCAGUAUUUUUGUAAAGAUAUAUAUAUCUUACCUGUAUACACAGAGAGAAAUGAGUGCACAUAUUAUGUGUAUUUGACUAGAAAUAUUAAGCAUGUUUUGAGUAUCUAUCACUGAACACAAAACUUGUGGGCUCGUAUUCAAUUUAGGUCAUGGUUUGUGCUAAAACGUAUAUGGGAUGCUGAUAAUGUCACGUAUUGUUUACAAUGUAUGUUUAUUAUGUUUACUGUGGUCAUGUUUUAAAAAUGGUGAAGAAAACUAUUUCAGUUAUUUAUUCUCAGAGAGUUAAUAAUAAUAAUAAUAAUAAUUAACAUCAUUUAUAUAGCGCUUAUCACAAAGAAUGUCUCUAAGCGCUUAAGGAAAAUACAUAGGAAGACAAGAAAUUUCAGCUAAAAUCAAAUUAUACAUGUUAACAGUUGAAAGUAGACAGUUGAAGCCGCAUAUGCUAAGGACGAUCUAUUUAACGAAAAGAUGAGUUUUUAACAUAGAUUUGAAUUUGUCAGUUGAGUCUGCUUGAGUUAGGACUAAAUUGAUCACUGGAGGUCAUGAAUUCGCUCACAGUGAAAGAUUUGUAUCACAAUUGACUACAUGUAUCUACAGAUAAACCACAACUUUAAAAUAGGGUUUACAUUAAAGGGGAAGUUUACCCUGGCAAAAAAAAUAUUUUAAAAAAUAGCAGAAAAAAGUUAGCGAAAGCUUGAGGAAAAUCCAAAGAAUUUAAAAACUAUUAGAAUUUUAAUUAUUUUAUUUGUGACGUCAUAUGCGAGCAGCUUUCCUACAUAUGGUAUGGUAAAAAAAUCAAUGAAAUGGCAUUUUCUCCUCAGAAAAUUGAAAAUGUUUUUUAUUGUACCUUCGAUAUAUCAAUACAAAAAUCAUAUCACACCUGCUCCUAAAGAAAUAAAUAAAAAAUAAGUCAUCCUGAACCAUAAAAAGGAAAUUUAGGCAUUUCAUAUUAUAUAAUAUAUGGGGCAACUGCUCGUUUAUGACGUCCAAAAUCAAAAACUUUAAAAUUCUGAUAACUUUUUUAAUCUUCAAACCUUCACCAAUAUUUUGUUUUUAUUAUUUUCUCUGCUAUUUUUGCUGCAAACUUUUCAUUAGGGUGAACUUCCCCUUUAAAUUUGAGUUUGGACUAUGGGCCAAGGUAUGGUAAUGCCCUUCAAAGGGGGCUUCCUAAAAUUAAUUAAUUCAUUUACAUGUUGAUCAUUUUUUAAUUCUUUCUUUACCUGCCACAAUAUUUUCUGUUCUAGAGUUUAAGAGUCAGUUCUAGCCUCAGGCCAUGUUUUGCUGGCCUUGGCCUUGGUGGUCCAGACUAAGUUUUCAUGCAGAUGCAGUGUUUGUUUUCUUUAAAACCUGGAAAAACUUAAGGAUUAACUGUUGGCACUCCAUAGUCAUAUGCAAGAGUAUGGAAAGCUAUGUGCUGCACUCCCUAUUUAUGUAUUGUUUCAAAUUUACUUUAAAAGCUACUCAGUCAGAAGUAUUACAGUUAUUCUUCGAAUUGAAUGAUAGCCUCAGACCAAAAUAUGCAAAGCAUGUAUUUAUGUCUUCUAAGUCAAAAUUUUGUCAAGGACAAACAGAUUUGAGUGGUGCCAAGAAAUUCAGAUUUGACAAUUUUUAAUACCUGUCUAUUUUAGGUUCAUUUUUGCUUGAAAUUUAAUUUUUUUCCUUAUUUUGUUGUGCCAAAUUUGCAUAGAAUAAUAUUUACUGGUAUAAAACUUGUACAAUGACAAUGUAAUGUAUGUGUCAUAUAUUUGAAAUUUAUUGAUGCAAUCAUUUCAUUUAUUUAUUUUCGUGCUAAAUACAAUGGAUCAAUUUAAAGAUUAUAAGUGAUAUAAGCUUAUUAGUGAAUUAGUGACAAAAGCUAUUUUUAUAUGUUUUAAGAAGAUCAGUAACCAGUUUCAUCAACUCAUUUUCAAAAUGUUUUUAUUGACUGAAAAUUCAGUCUUUGAGCAUUGUCAGCUUGAUAAUAAAGUAUGGUGACUGGCCUUGAGAGGAACAUCAAAUAUUGCCCGCAACCAAAUCACAUUGUGCUGAUUCUUUAGACAUGGUUUUUUUCAUUGAAACCCUUUUUUUUGCUGAAGUAGGCUCAGUCUAUAAUCCAAUUCAAGACAUAUAGAGAAAACUCAUAAAGAUGGAGUUAUUUGGCCCUUUAUAAUUAGGGUUCAUUUGUGUCAUGUUUAUAUCAGGAUAUGUCAGUGUUACCAUUGUGACAUCAUUAUUAGUUCAGAUCCUUCUUGAUUUUCACUUAUUACUGUUUCAACUUGGCUUUUAUCUCUUACUUUGCGUCAUCAGGUGCCCAGAUUCGAUACCGUGGAAAAUACAAAGGUAUUGUUUGCAGUGUCUCUGCAUGCAAACUCAGUAUGAGCAGAGAGACCGAGAAAUAUACAAAUGAUAUACCUCAUUUAUUCCCUAUAUUCUUGUAAACUAGGGCGAUACGGUUUUUUAAUUGACCAGCUCAGAUGUUUGAUACGGAUAAUGAUGGAUUUUCCCCAAAUAAUGAGAAACAAUUGCUUGACCAAUAUACACUUCCAAGUCCCAAAUCCUCUGAUAAUGUAAUAUAAUGUAAUUUUUUUCUUUAAAUGUCAUGCUGCAUUUAUAAGCCACCUUAAACAAAUGCCAAGCCUUGUCUUAUAGCAGAAGUCCUAAAAAUCUUAAAAGUAUUUUUUUAUCAUUGAUUCUCAAAUGUCUUUGACUUCAUUUAUCAUUCUCCCUUGUUUUAAAGUUUUUGGAAGAAAGCUACAGUAGUUCCUUUGUCCAACCCAGUAUUAAAGGGAUGGUCUGGGCUGAAAGUAUGUAUAGCUUAAUUAAAUAGAGUAGAAUUCACUGAGCAAAAUGCCGAAAAUUUCAUCAAA